AUGUUUGGUGAAAAACGUGGUCAAAAAAAAAUACCAAAAGGCGGAAAUUUUGGUGAAAGGUACAUCCCAUGUGAUGAUUUAAUUGUUGUUGCUCAACACCAAGAUGAAGAGUUGUGGGGAACAGUACAAUGUUUUUAUGAAUUUAUAGCUAUAGAUAAGCGAGCCCCAUGGUAUGAGCUAAUCAUUCCUGAAGAGUUACCUGAUAUUUCAUCUUUUAAAAGAACAGGUCGAUCUAUUGUUACAGUUUUUGAUGAUCUUGCCGGCGAACUUCUAACAACUCAACUAAGAAUCAUACCUUUCUUUAGAUCAGGUAGACAUGCAAUCAUAUUGCCCCAACGUUUUUAUAAGACCCAUCCAAAUAUAUGUGCAAAUCUUAAAUACAUUUCAUUGCAUCGUGGGUGUGGAACUUUAGAUAGUAUAAAGCGAAUUCUUAUGUAUGAUACUUAUGAGCCUCUAGCAAAAAAAAAUUUAUGA